CAUCCGGGUUAGGGGAAAUACAUCGAAAUCAGGGACUAUUCGGGAAAUAGUCCCGUCACCAUGACAACCUAGUUGUUAGACCAAUAGUUCCCCAUUUUCCGCCUACUACAUACCAUUCUAGUCCACUCGAGAAAAACCUUCGUCGUCAUGCGUCCUUAUUUUUCGUAAUCUGACGAUUUCAAAAUGACAAAUUCGUCAUUGAGUCGCGGGUGAAGUCGUGGUUAUUUUUUAAGUUUUAUUUAUUUUAAUUACUGAAAAUGGCGUUCUGUUUCGACAGCGGGCAGUUCAAUCGGGAGUCGACGCCCAAGCGCCUGGGCAACUGGGAGGUGCCAAGGUUCGCGCCGACCCGCGCCAGGCCCGUGGAGAUGAGGCCCGACCCGAAGCCCAUCUGCGACGAGAACGGACACUUUCUGUCCGGAGCACCCAGGGGCACGUCGAGGUGCUUCGGCCACUUUACUGGCACUUGGGAACUGCCCAGGAAGAUUACGAGGAAAGUUGCUGCCGAGCUAGCAAAAGAACCACCAGAUGGGAGAUUCCCUGAUUGGGUGAACCAGCGCGUGCAAAGACCCAAGGCCGCGGCGGCAGCGCGCAUGCGUGCCAAGCGCGGGAAAGGAGAACCGAAGCCGCCGAAAAAGGAGCCGUCCCUACAGGACAUUCAGUCGUUCAUUCCAAGACUAUGCCCGGUACACCAACGUAAGUUGCACAAAAUAGAACAUCAUUGAAGACUUAAAUUUCACCAAUGCACCUAACUGUAGAUUGGUACCAAACAGUUAUUUUUUUAUUUUCAUAAAAUUUGAAUUCGUUCCAAUUUUUUUUUAUGUCUGCUCCAUAAUAAGGAACAGGAAGUAGAUGAAGACCAAAAAGAAAAUAACAUUAAGGAAUCACAAGAUAAUAAAGAAGAAAUACAAGAGGACCAGGCAGCCGAUGACACAGAUUUUAAAACAGAAGACAAUCCUUUAGGCAUUAUAAAGAAAGAACCGACAGAUGACGAGGGCCACGGUCCAUACAUUCCCGGCUCACUAACUGACCCGGAUAAAAGACACGAUACUCACCAGUUAUUAGUCAAACACGCAAUCGAACAAAUUCACGGUCCACAAGAAGACGAAGCGGAACAGUUCUGGAGAAAAGUAGCCGAGAACGCAAAGGAAAAUGAAAGGAGGCAUGAAAGCAUGAAAGUGGAGAAAACAAGUAAAACACCAAAAUUACCUUAUGUGAAUGUUUCACAAAACUUUAAUUUUGCGAAAAAAAUGCACGUAGGAAAUCUUGAGCAUCAACCUUUACCAGAUACUCUAGGUUACAGAAAUCUUACUAAAAUAGCUGAACAUAGAGAUUCAGAUAUUAUUGUAAAGCCCUACGCGAUUGGUUGGAAAGGUUACGGAGCAUCGGGUCCUACAUGCUGUACAAAAAUGCGCGUACAUAGACCCAAAACCUGCGACCCUAAAAAAGUAGAAGCGGAAAAGGACAAUAAAAGGCCUUCCACAUCCGCUCUGGAUUUGGGAAAACAAUACAGAAGACCGUUAUCGCUAAUGGAUCUAGCGAUAUGCUGGGAUUUUAGACCUGAUGAUCCGACUGGCGAACCGAGGCCUUCAAAGCAUAUAGAUGGAUCAAACGGAUCAAAAGCACCAGCGGUCUUCACAAUGGUGCAUACACCAAAAGAAGAGGUAGAAACAACUCCGCCAAGUCACACAAUGCCAAUAUUUCACCAAAAUCGUUCAGGAUCCGACCCGGGGCAUCAUCCUGUUCCUUAUUUUGAAAAGAAUAUGACUAAAGAUAAACGCAAAGAUUCUUGCGAAGUUCAGCAUUGUCCGCAGCAUAAUUACGAGGACAGAGAUGAGAAGGGCUCAAGAUAUUCCAGUAGAAAAAAUUCUGGCCAAGGCGUGAAGAAACCGCCGUGCGAUGGCAUUCAUGGUUGUGGGACACCUAGUGAGACUAGUAGAAAAUCAAGUCGUGAUGACACUAGACCUGAAAAAUUGCAGACAAUCAGAGACGCAUGGACUACUAACGAAAAACCUAAAAAUAUACGCUCCGACAUCAAUCGAAAUCGUCAUAGUCUAGAGUCUUACGAAAAAACUCCCUUAGCACAAGGAAAGUUGCAUCAGAGUUCACCGAACGAAUCCCAGUUGUCGAGACGCUCCAAAGAGAGCGAGUCCUCAAGUGCCCGGCACAAAACUUGCUUGCCAUGUAACGAAAAGGUACAUCAAGGGUCGAAGCAAAAGGAAGACUACAAAUUCGCCUUCAAGGCUGGGAAUCCGCACUCCGUGCAAAGUGUGAGCAGUACAGACUCUAAAGGCGUUAAAAUUCCUAAGAUGCGUCACCCGUACACGAAGAAAUCCUACACAAUACCAACAUUAGCACCGCCGUUUACCAUUUGGCGGGACUCAAAUGCGUGUGGGUAUCCAGAGCAUUGGAGACUAGCUAGCGUUUACCAACACGCUUAUAAACCUCCGGAGCAGCGUAGGAAACCACUAAUCAAUAGUGUAUAUCAGUAGUCAAUUAAAAACAGAAUUAAAAGUGAAAUUUUAUUGGGUCCAAUAUUGUACAUUGGAGUUGAAAUAAAUUUCAUUCUUUCGA